CCGCCAUGGACGCCGCCACUGCGGGCAACAAGGAGCGGGAGGCCGCGCACCUCCUGGCCGAGGCCGAGAAGAGGGUGAAGGCCUCCCAUUCCUUCCUCAGGGGGCUCUUCGGAGGAAAUACAAAGCUGGAAGAAGCAUGUGAGAUGUAUACAAGAGCUGCAAAUAUGUUUAAAAUAGCCAAAAACUGGAGUGCUGCAGGAAAUGCAUUUUGCCAGGCAGCCAAGCUCCACAUGCAGCUGCAGAGUAAACACGAUUCGGCGACCUGUUUUGUGGAUGCAGGAAAUGCUUACAAAAAGGCAGAUCCACAAGAGGCUAUCAACUGCUUAAAUGCUGCCAUCGAUAUUUACACAGACAUGGGCCGAUUCACUAUUGCUGCCAAGCAUCACAUCACCAUAGCAGAGGUCUACGAGUCCGAGCUGGUAGAUAUUGAAAAGGCCAUUGCACAUUACGAGCAAGCUGCAGAUUAUUACAAAGGUGAAGAAUCUAACAGUUCUGCUAACAAAUGUCUGCUGAAAGUAGCCGGAUAUGCGGCUCAGCUAGAGCAAUAUCAGAAGGCUACUGAAAUUUUCGAACAGGUUGGAACAAGUACUAUGGACAACCCUUUGCUGAAGCAUAGUGCAAAAGAUUAUUUCUUUAAAGCUGCUCUGUGUCACUUUUUGGUUGAUGAGUUGAACGCUAAGCUUGCCCUUGAGAAGUAUGAGGAAAUGUUCCCAGCAUUCACGGAUUCAAGGGAGUGUAAACUAUUGAAGAAAUUGCUGGAAGCUCAUGAGGAACAAAACUGUGAGGCAUACACUGAAGCAGUGAAAGAAUUUGACUCAAUAUCCCGCUUGGAUCAGUGGCUCACCACCAUGUUGCUGCGCAUUAAAAAAUCAUUUCAAGGAGAGGGCGAAGGGGACCUGAAGUGAUCUGUCCCAUGUGACUUGUGCUGUGUC